UGCCGCCAAUGCAUAUCUCAAAAACAAUAUCGAUUUCACUGUGACCUGCUGCUGAUUAUCAGGCAGUGAGUAGGCUGUUACUGAGUGAGUGCAGUGCGUCCUGAUAACUUUUUACCAGUUGUAGGGCGGCUAGUUAGAUUGUCAUUAUGGAGACACCCAUUUCUAACCCCUUUUCCAUCAAAUAUUUUAACUCGGUAGAAUUCAUAUAACGGCGACAAAGGUCUGGAUAACAACUCCAGACGCACCAAAGGCUUUCGAUGAAUUCGCUCAGAGUUGGUUUAAAGUAAACUGGAAUCUAAUGUUGACUUUCCUUAUGGAAAACCGUAUCAAGCAAAGGGGAUUACACAUGCUCAAUUCUUGGGUCUCGAGCUUGCGCAAGUGGACAUUUGCAAUGGAAGGAGUGCAUCUACAUUUGGAAGUUGUCAACAUGUUCUCUGAGGAAGAGCAGACAUCCCCUACAUCCUCCUCUUCAUCGCCACCUCCAUCCUCCCACUUCAUCGGGAGGAAAGAAGACGUUGUCCAGGCCAAGCGUGUCACCAAGUUGGUGGGCGGGAGGGACGUGCUGGUUCUCUGCCACCAGGGCAAGCUCCACGCCAUGGACAUGCGCUGCUACCAUACCGGUGGACCACUGCAGGAGGGAGAUAUCGAGGAGUUUGACGGGCGGAUGUGCAUCGUGUGUCCGUGGCACAAGUACAAGAUCACGCUGGCAGAAGGCGAGGGGCUGUACCAGGCGGUGAACCCCUCGGCUACACCCCCUAAACCCACCUGGUGCUCCAAAGGGGUCAAACAGAGAGUUCACCAGGUCACAGAGGUCAACAGGGAUGUGUAUGUCACAUUUAACGACUCACCAGACACCAUUGACUCUGACUUCUACCAGACAGAGAGAUACAGGGCCACUAUGAAUAAGGCCCAGCCCAAGACUAAGAAAUUACACGAGAAGGUGACAAGCAGGAAAGUGUAAGGAUUUGGGCCAUUUUGGUUGGGGAAAAUACUAAAUGUGUCUUUCGUUAGCGCUGUGGAAUAGUAAACGGGUGGUGCAGGUACAAGACUGACUAAGUACUUCCCUAUCAGCAGCUCAAAGCGUAAUCUCUGGGUUAUCCUUUCGUAUCCUCCAGUACACUAAUUGAGCUCAAUCUUAAUCUUUUCCAAGUUUUCAAACUUGUACACACUUAAAUAUGUGUUUGAAGAUUUUCUGUUUUUGUACAGGUGCAGACUUCCUAUAUUUCUUCAGUUUUGUUUGACUUGUAAUGUCUGCGUCUAUACAGCAAACGACUUCAAGAACGAAAGCAGAACUAGUUAA